ACAGCGUCAAGAAAUAAAUCAUUAGUUACUAAUAUUGGAAGGUAUUGUUUGCAGAUAGCGUUGGACAGUUAUCUUAUCUUUUGCUGCAUCACCAUUGCCAAGCUUGUAUAUAUUGCUAUAGAUUUUCUUCCAAGUCUGGGUUCAACAUCAUUAUUCAAAUGUCUCUGGAAAAAAUAAACCAUGAAGUUCUGGUAGAAGAACAAGGUUCUACCUCCAUCAUCGAGGAUCAUGAAGCCUUGACGUCUAUGAAAGGGCUUGAUAAAGCUUUCGAGUUCUUGGACGGUAAGACUAUUAGCUACACGGCCGAAGAGGAAAAAGCCGUUUUGAAAAGAAUCGAUUGGCAUGUCAUGCCAUUACUUUUUUUGUUGUAUCUCAUUCAGUUUGCUGAUAAAACUUCGUUGAGUUACGCUUCGUUGAUGGGUAUCAGAAUCGAUACACAUACUGAUGUGGGUCAAAGAUACUCUUGGGUGUCUUCUAUUUUCUACGCUGGUUACAUUUUCUUUGAGUUCCCCACCACCUACUUUUUGACUAAACUUCCCAUCGGAAAGUUUCUUACCUUCAACAUCCUUGCUUGGGGUAUAGUCAUCACGUGUUCUUGUGCUGCUUCUAAUUAUGCUUCUUUGCUUGUUCUUCGGUUUUUGCUCGGUAUGUUCGAGUGUAGUAUUACUCCUGGUGUUGUUUUGAUCAUUAGUAUCUGGUACAAGCGGUCAGAGCAGGGUAAAAGAUUGGGAAUCCUUUUGGCUGCCAAUGGAUGUGCUACCAUCUUAAUCUCACCGGUUGCUUUUGGGUUGUCAUAUAUCACCGGUGCUGCCAUCGCCUCGUGGAAAAUUCUCUUUUUGAUUUUCGGGCUGGUGACAAUUGUGUUGGGAACAUUCUUCUUCUUUUACUUCCCAGAUAACCAGUUGUCUGCCAAAUUUCUUUCUGAGGAAGAAAAGGUUAUUGCUAUUGAUCGUAUCAGAACCAAUUUCCAAGGAGUUGGUUCCAAAUCUUGGAAAUGGUACCAAUUUAGAGAAGCUUUUCAAGACCCAAGAACCUACUUGUACAUGCUUUACUCGCUUUUGAUGAACAUUCCUAACGGAGGUGUCACUACUUUUGGAAGUAUCAUCAUCAACUCGUUCGGUUUCGAUUCUCAGCACUCUUUGUUACUUUCUAUGCCUGGUGGAGCUGUUGAUAUCAUCUUCAAGCUUUGUAUUCCUGCAUUGUCUGAUAAAUUAAUGGACAAGAGUUUACCGGCUGCCAUUGCUAUUGCUUUCCCAAUGAUUGGAGGUAUCAUGAUGAGUACUCUCGAUGUGGAUAGAAAGGGUCCUCUUUUGGUGGGUUACUACUUUAUUUCUGCUGCUGGUGCUUCUUGGGGUUUGGUGAUGUCGAUGAUCGGUGCCAGUAGUUUGGGAUCCACCAAAAAGAGUGUUGUCAACACCUGUCAGAUCGUCUGUUAUGCAGCUGGUAACUGGGUUGGUCCUCAGCUUUGGCUUACUCGUGAAGCUCCUGUGUAUCCUACUGGUAAGAAGUUGGUAGGGAUUUUCUACGGGUGUGCUUUGGGAACUUUGUUGGUGAUUAGAUUUGUUAAUAUCAGGGAAAACCGUCGGAGAGACAAGCUUCAAGCUGAAGGAAAGAUUCCUCCACCUCCAGAGAAUGCCGAGUUUUUGGACUUGACUGACUUUGAACAGCUCAACAUGAGGUACAUUAUCUAGAUGGUAGUGCUAAAAAUUGUGAUAUAAAUAUAUUCAGUUCGUCUUGUAAA